UUCCAGCUAAUCACUACUCCUGAAUAAUCAGCAUACACCUGCUAUUUUUAGGCUACUUUCCACUCGGACUCUUUCUUACACUUAUACAUUUGUUUGUUUGUUUGAAUUGAUAUUUCAGUUGCAGGCUAUCAUAGCGUUGGCUGUGUCAUCAUAAUCAGCGUUAAUCAGCAUCACUUUCUUCACGUGUGUUAAUCUUCAAAUACAGCCGGGGACGUGCGCGCCUGUUAGGCCUAGGCUACUACUCAGUUUCCUCGUUUUUUUUCAGCUAUUCAAAUGCAGUGUCAAACUUUCACACUGCGGACAGAAAGAGAGAAGUCGAGGCCAAUAGACGACCACAAAAGUCGAGCAGUUAAACCAGGACUCCAGGAGGGCCUCUCUGUGUGAGAAACCCGGCCUAAUGAUGAUGCAGUGUGGGAUGAGAGGGGACAUCAAUAACUGGUGAUUUUUAACGAUUGAGUGUUGGUCUGAAGACUGAGGCUGUGCCAGGAGCAUCUUCAUCAUCCUCCAUGUCUGAUGCCUCCAGUCCCUGCUGACCGCUGACUGCUCAACAUCCUCCAUCUGUUCUUCUGCGCGGAGCUUCACGCUCUUCUUCUUUCACUCAAUCCUUCAUCCAUCCUUCGGUCUGUCUACCGGUCAUGAAUCCCUACAGACACACAAGUCCACCUCCUGAGCCUUACGAUAAUUCCCAAAAUCCAUCUCUGUCAGCCACCGUACCGUCUCCUCCGCUCAUCCAGACAGGUCAUAGCUCUGUGACAGUUUUGAGCCACAACGUGCCUCACUAUCGGGCCUCCUCAGACCACGCUGGAGGAAACCUGGUCCCAUCACCGAACUCGGACCACUCCGCCUCAUCGCUUCCAGGGUCCAGCCUAGUUUCAGUCUCUUCUUUGUCUCGAAGUCCAUCUCCAGCUCCCACACCGAACCCUUACCCUGCCCCCGGCACCCCCCGCUCCGAGGACACCUACCCGGACCUGGAGUGCUCCAUCUGCUUCAGCCAGUUCAACAACGUCUUCCGCUGUCCCAAGAUGCUUCAGUGCAAGCACACCUUCUGCCUGGAGUGCCUGGCACGCAUCAACGUCAAGUCGGCCGAGCCCAGCUCCAUCCAGUGCCCGCUGUGCCGCGGCCUCACGCCCCUGCCCACCCUCGGCCUGCCCAGACUGGCCACAAACUCAGACAUGCUGUCCUGCCUGCCGGCCGCCAUGCAGAGAGUCUACAGCAUCCGCUUCCUGCGCAACAAAGGGAAGCUGCAGGUCAAAAGGUCAUCUGAAGGUCAGAGGUCGCUGACAUCUCUCAGGUCGAUAAACCGAACUCUGGACGUGGGGCUACCCACCCCGCCUGCCGGGAGCCACGCCGCCGGAGCGGGCGGCAUGGGCGGAGCUCUGUUCCGCCUGACGGGCCGGCCGGCGUGCCGGGCCUUCCUCCUGAUGUCCGUGGUGAUGAUGAUGGUGCUGCUGACGGGCAUCAUCAUCUUCCUCCUCGCACAGAAAAGUGGGUGACAUCACAUUUUUCCUUCUGCUUUUUAUUUUCAGUGGCGGAGAAGGUCACCGAACAGUAGAAGUCCGCCAUCUGAAAUGAAAUAAAAAGCCCUCGUUUCUGGCUUUUUAACGCUCCAAAGCCAAAAGGACACAAACCUCAACGCUCAACUCAUGAGCUGACAAAGUGAGAAGCAUAAAGACUUUCCACUCGUAGAUUUUAUUGUUCAGUCCUUAAAAUUGACUCCCAAAAUGCAGCUGAGGUUGAAAGGUACGGUGUCUGUGAGACUGAGAAGCAGUGGACUUGACUCUGUUUUACAGUGCUUAACUUGUGCCAAAAGCUUUAAAUGAUUUGCUAAAUGUAGCCGGACAUGAGAACCUUCUGCCUACAGCAACACAAUGGCAGUCAUGUAACAGCCGAGUUGGAAAGGCACUGGAAGGUGGGAAGCAGUGGACUUUAAUCUUACUUACAGCCCUUACAACCUCAACCUUCGAUUACUUUAGGUUUUGGGGAAAAACGCACACGAUCACCACUUUUUAACGUCUUGAAUUUCGUUUUACAAAAUGGCUGAUCUGAUGGUCAAGUCAUGGCAGAGAAGAUGAGAAAUGUAGACGUGCUGUAUUAUACUGAUUGAUUGCAGGUUUAUUAUAUUACGAGGUCAAAGUCUCUGGUGGCUCCCAUCCAGCUGCAGAUACGUCUAAAAUAAACUUGUGACUCCAGGGACUGAAUCUAAUUUCACUGUCACUUUGGCACAUACAAACUCUAUUAAAUAUAAUAGAAAAAAAAAAAAA